GUCCACUCGGGUUACGGGUUCAGGACGGUAGGAAGUGGGGAGUCUGCGUCUGCUGGUCGGCGAGGCCUUCAUACAGGUCUCUGGGCUCCGGGCGUCUAUCCUCUCCCCUUCCCCAGCGCAGAGGCCCUGCUGGACCCUCGGCUCCUCCUCGGACGUCUUGAGCCUGCUUUGAGCCUGCCGGACUCGGGGGCUUGAGUGUGAGAGGGCAGAGAUUUGCGUGUUUUGCUCUCGACCGUAUUCCCGGCGCCUAGAACUGAGGCCGGCACACAGUCCAGCAUGGGCCCGCCUGGCCUGCGCGCGCUGCCGCCGCUGCUCGUGCUGGGCGCGUGGUGCGCGUGCGCGGCCGCCCCGCGCUGCACCUACACCUUCGUGCUGCCGCCGCAGAAGUUCACGGGCGCCGUGUGCUGGAGCGGCCCCACGGCCGCGCGCCCUGCGCCCGACGCCGCCAACGCCAGCGAGGUGGCGGCGCUGCGCAUGCGCCUGGGCCGCCACGAGGAGCUGCUGCGCGAGCUCCAGCGCCUGGCGGCGGCCGACGGCGCCGUGGCCGGCGAGGUGCGCGCGCUGCGCAAGGAGAGCCGAGGCCUGAGCGCGCGCCUGGGCCAGCUGCGCGCGCAGCUGCAGCACGAGGCUGGCCCGGGGGCGGGGCCGGGCCCGGGGGCGGAGCCUGCGGUCGCCCUGGCGCUGCUCGGGGAGCGCGUGCUCAACGCGUCGGCCGAGGCGCAGCGCGCCGCCGCGCGCUUCCACCAGCUGGACGUGCAGUUCCGCGAGCUGGCGCAGCUGGUGAGCCGGCAGAGCGGCCUGAUCGCCCGCCUGGAGCGCCUGUGCCCGGGGGGCUCGGGCGGCCAGCAGCAGGUCCUGCCACCACCCCUGGUGCCUGUGGUUCCGGUCAGUCUGGUGGGUGGCACCAAUGACACCAGCAGGAGGCUAGUUCCAGCCCCAGAACCCCAAAGAGACCAGACCCUGAGACAGCAGAGGCCCUUGGCCUCUCCUCUGCCUGCAGGGCACCCUGCUGUCCCCACCAAGCCAGCGGGCCCAUGGCGGGAUUGUGCAGAGGCCCACAGGGCAGGCCACGAGCGGAGCGGAGUGUAUGAGCUGCGACUAGGCCGGCAUGUGGUGUCAGCAUGGUGCGAGCAACAGCUGGAGGGUGGAGGCUGGACUGUGAUCCAGAGGCGACAAGAUGGCUCUGUCAACUUCUUCACUACCUGGCAGCACUACAAGGCGGGCUUCGGGCAGCCUGAUGGGGAAUAUUGGCUGGGCCUUGAACCUGUGCAUCAGCUGACCAGCCGUGGGGACCAUGAGCUACUGGUGCUCCUGGAGGACUGGGGGGGCCGUGGGGCCCGUGCCCGCUAUGACGGUUUCUCCCUGGAGCCUGAGAGCGACCACUACCGUCUCCGGCUUGGCCAGUACCAUGGAGACGCUGGAGACUCUCUCUCCUGGCACAAUGACAAGCCUUUCAGCACCGUGGAUAGGGACCGAGACUCCUAUUCUGGUAACUGCGCCCUGUACCAACGGGGAGGCUGGUGGUACCAUGCCUGUGCCCACUCCAACCUCAACGGUGUCUGGCACCGGGGUGGCCACUACCGCAGCCGCUACCAGGACGGCGUCUACUGGGCCGAGUUUCGUGGUGGCGCUUACUCUCUCAAGAAGGCUGCCAUGCUGAUCCGGCCCCUGAGGCUGUGACCAUCGGCCCGUCUG